UUGAAGCUACAUCAUACAUCUAACUACAAUCUCUUCAUCAUAAUUUCCAAACUGAUCCUAAACUCCAAGUAUCAUGGCUGCCACUACUACAACUAAAAGCUUUUUAUUCAAACAACAUUCAUCUACUCCAAAAGUAGACCCAUUUUCGUCUAACAGUCUCUUUGUUAUCCCUGCACUUUCCAAACCAUCACCAACAACAACAGCGACGCUUCAGACAAGUCAUAAGAAAUUUAUUACGAAAGCAAGUGCUACAGCCAAGAAGGAAACAAUCAGUGAUGAGAGUGUUCAACAAGUUCAUAGCAUCGAAGAAUUCGACGUUGCACUUCAAACAGCGAAAAAAAAGCUUGUGGUAGUACUUUUCACGGCAACUCGUAGUAAUUAUAGUCGUGAAGUAUACCCUUUGAUGGUAGAUUUAAGUAGAACAUGUAACAACGUUAUUUUUGUCUUAGUAACAGGUGACGAAUCUGACAAAACAAAAGCGCUUUGUGAAAGACAGAAGAUUGAAAGGGUUCCACACUUCAGUUUUUACAAAAGCAUGGAGAAAAUCCAUGAAGAAGAAGGAAUAAUUGGUCCGGAUGAUCUCAUGCGUGACAUAUCAUACUACGGUGACGAUCAUUCAGCCGUAGUUCGAUUACAUUCAAGAAAAGAUUUUGAAAAUCUGGUUGAGGAGCAUAAAAUUGAUAACAAGCUGAUUGUUCUCAACAUGGGAUCAAAACAUUGUGAACCAUGUAUCAAGGUAUAUCCGACCGUCUUAAUGUUAUCGCGACAAAUGGUGGAUACCGUAGUUUUCGCAAGAGUUGACGGAGAUGAAAAUGAAAGCUGUAUGCAAUUCUUGAAGGAUCUGAAAGUGGUCGAAGUUCCAACAUUUUUGUUUAUCAGAGAUGGUGAUAUAUGUGGAAGGUACGUCGGAUCAGAUAAAGUAAAACUGAUGGAUGAAAUAGUUAGAUACCAAAAGAGUUAAUAUCAAACUAUUAUGUGUCCAUUAGAAGCUCCACCUAUUUUGCCAUUGUUUUCAUCUUAAAUUAAACAACAGGAUUACGAUAAUAAAUACGCAAUCUUUAAAUGAUAUUACAUUAACAAUAUGUAAUGCUUCAAAUAAAGUAAAUAAAUGCGUAAUCUUUUUGAAAAGAUUACAUGAAUGUGUGCGUAAACAUCAUCCAGGAGAACCGGAAUUUUGCUUUUCAAUUUUUCAUGUUUUAUCCUUCAUCAUAUUUCCAACACCAGGAGCAUUAACAUAAUUCUGAUGACCACCAAACAUCAUAAAUAAGAAUAUACAUGUAAAAAAUAUUACGCUAUUCGUUUUGAUUUUAAUUUACAUUUGUGCGACUCUUUGUAACAAGCUUCUCACGGAUAUACAAUGUUCAGUUGUGGAUAGAC